AUGGCUGAAGGCGCGAACGUCAUGCAUCACUGCAACGAGGUCCUCAACAUCUCCGCCAAGCUUAGCGGCAUCGGUGCGAAGAUGGAAGACGAAGACGUUGCAAUUUGUCUGCUACUCAGUCUUCCGAAGAGCUACGAAAAUGUGGUGCUCAACAUGGAAAUGAGCAGCACCGAGCUUCGCACUCAAGAUGUGGUGAGAGUCCUGACGAAUGAGCAUGCCAAGCGUCAAGGAGAAAAAGGGACAACGACAGCGACUACGGUGAAGGCUGAAGAUGCAAGCAAGGCAUUCAGCGCCGAGCGUGAGCCCUACCAAUGCACGUAUAGUGGCAAGGUGGGACACACGGUGGAUCGUUGCUGGACAAAGCAGAAGAACGAAGGUCGGGGAGCCCGACGCGGCGGCAAUGGUCGUGGACGCGGGGCUAACAAUGUCCAGUGGGGACAUCAUGAUGAAGGCAAUGGCUACGAUCGAGUGGCGUUUGCAGUCUCGUUCGAAUGUGGAGUUUCGACGAGCAAGGACGUGUCUGGAAUGUGGGCCGUCGACAGUGGUGCAACGCACCACAUUUGCCACGACAAGACCAAGUUCGCAAGUUUGGCAGAGCGCAAUGAGGGCGAACUCUUGGUGGCUGAUGGCAACAAGGUGGCCAUCAAGGGUGUGGGAACCAUCAUGGAAAAGGUGGUUCUGCCCAACGGUGAAGAGCGUGAGAUCGAAAUCAAGAACGCGCUAUAUGUUCCAAGUAUGAGCAAGAACCUGCUCUCGGUGCCACAGAUUAACAGCCAUGGCAAGUUUCAAGUCGUGUUUGACGGGUCCAAGAUGUAUGUGACUCUCAAGAACUCACAGCAAGUGGUGGCGACAGCGGAUCUCGUGGAUGGACUCUACUGGCUUCGGACGACUCAACGAUCAGCGAAUGUGACAACAAGUGGAACCAGUUGUGCCGAUCUACAUGCGAGAAUGGGUCAUGCUCCAGUCGAUGUACUUCGCAAGAUGAUCGCGACCAACAUGAUCAAGGAUGUGCGAGUCCCUCUCAAGUCGGGUGGAGCAACUACAUGUCGAGGAUGUCAACAAGGGAAAAUGGUCCAAAAACCAUUUCCAAGCAACCGAGACAAGCGCAGCUACGAUACGUUUGAGCUACUUCAUCUGGACAUCUGCGGGCCCAUGGAAAAGGAUUCGCUCGGUGGCAGCAAAUAUUUGCUGCUGAUCAUCGACGAAGCCAGUGGAUGCAUGAAGGGCUUUUGUCUACGAGUGAAGUCCGAGAGUGAAGACUACAUCCGGAAAUAUAUCACCAUGGUACAGACGCAAUUCUGUAAGAAGGUCAAGUUCGUGCGACACGACGGAGCUCGCGAGUUUGCAACCAACUCGCUUCAACUGUUCUACGAAGACGAAGGCAUUGAACAGCAGACAACGGUGCCGUAUGCACAUCAAACAAACGGAACAGCAGAGCGUGCCAUUAGGACUAUUGUCACGAUCGGCCGCAGCAUGCUUCAUCAUGCCAAACUGGACAAGUGUUUCUGGGCCGAAGCAGCGAUGACGGCCAUCUACGUCAAGAAUCGACUGCCGUCACCUAAAGUCGUGCACAAGACCCCGUUUGAGAUCGUCUACAACUUGAAACCAAGCGUCAAGCACAUGCGAACAUUCGGGUGUCAGACAUACAUACUGACGCCUAAAGAGAAUCGACUCAAGUGGGAUCCAAAGGCUCGCGCUGGCAUAUUCGUGGGCUACGAAGAAGUUUCGAAGGCAUAUCGUGUUUAUGACAUCGAGGCGGGGCAGGUGGUUAUCAGCCGCGAUGUCAACUUCGACGAGUCCACCUUUGGAAUUCAACUGCCGAUCACUGAUGAAGAUGUCGAUGACCUGGACUUCGAAUUGCUGGAUCUUGAUGACGAAGAGCUGCGUCAAAUGGAGUACAAGCAAACAGGCAAGCGCAAGAACCGACUCAAUGAUGAAGAUACAGCAGCUCCACGACCGCGUGCAGUGCGUCAACGACCAGGACUAGAAGAGUCAAGCGCGCCGGAAAACAACUCGUCACGACAAGAAGAAGACGAAGAAACGAAGGAUUCUGGUGAUUCAACACCGCCUAUGUUUUAA